AUUGAAGUGCAUCAUCGGAAUUUUGUGCGCAAGAGCCGAACAGUCGAAUCGAUUGCGGGUCUGGCGAGGUUCAUGGAUAACGAUAUUCCUUGGACGAACGGUGCGCAAAGUCGAUAGCAUCGUUGCGAGCGCGAGCAUUGGUCGAUAUAGCCGAUUUAGGCAUCGGUCUCUUCGACGCGAGAAAUUGAACUUCGAUAUCUACGGAAUAAUUCAUCGACGGGGAGAGUACGAGAGGAUAGAUAGAUAUAUCGGCGCGAGUGCGGCACGCGGUAAAUUUGUUGAUUCUGCGAAAGGCGGCCGGCGGACGGAAUCGUGAUCCGUUGAUGCAUGAUGUUCCUUGAGCAUCACAGCAUCGUGAUUAAAAUUAUGCAACGAAAGUCCACCAUAUUGACGAGAUACGCACAAUGUAAUAUGUGAGGUAGCUUAACACGCCGCGGUGGCGUUAAACGGACGGUGCGUCGAACGAAUUCCACGAAGAUUAGGAGGAAACGAACACGCGGGUGUCAGGUUGUUCCUUCCGAUAUGGAGAAUAACAAGCAGUCGUCGGCGACAAACAGCUCGACGAAAACGAGCGGCCUGGAGGAUGGCAAGGAUAUGCAGUUGGUAUUAGCGAAGAUGAUGGAGGAGAAGCACACGUUUACCUACAAGAAACUGGUCGUGCCGAUGUCGAUGAGGAGCAUUUACUGGAAGUUCUUCGGGUUCCCAGCCACUGACGACGGCGACAUCCUUACCAAAGUGAAGAUCGUAUGUAUACUGUGCAAGACCCAGAUCGCCUAUAAUCGCAACACCAGUAAUCUGCGUAUGCACCUGCAAAACAAGCAUGCUCAGGAGCUGCUGGAGCUAGAGCUGUCGAACCCACCGCGCAAGCAGGGCCAGGUGCUUACCCCCGAGACCAAGGAGCGCAGGCUGCAGAAGAGACUGAUGAAAGGUCUCAGCCCAGCGCAGCACAUUUACACCACCAAUGUGGAUGGCACGGUUCAGAUAGACGGUGACAUACAGUUUGUCACAGAUCCCAAUAUAAGCUUGUCCAAUAUAGAGGAUGACAUCACCAUUGGUCAGCCACUGAGGAUGAUGAUCAAAGAAGGACCCAGCAGCAACAAUCAGAAUGUGGCGUUUCUCAUGUCAGAGGACAAUGGCACCAGUCAGUCCAGCAUAGAUGGGAAGACUGUGUCGGAUGCCAUAGCAGAGUUCAUCAUAAUGGACCUGCAGCUGCCAGAAGUUGUGGAAGGACGUGGUUUCCAGAGAUUGGUAGCCACCUUACGCUCACCCUGUGAGAUUCCUAGCAAAAAUAAGUUGGAGGAGGAGAUCAUACCAAAGAUAUACGAUACUUUCCGGGACUCGGUGAUAGAAGUGUUGUCAGGCAUUAGCUCAGACAUAGGGCUCACGAUUGAGGAGUGGAAGUCGAACUCUGACGAGAGCUUCGUUACUGUGUCGAUCUAUUACCAGAACUCUGGUGAGGCAGCCUUAGAGUGCAAAGUUUUGAGUACUAUUCACGCGCCAUUGGACUGGGACGAGACUCAGUGGGGUAAUGUCAUAGACAUGCUGUUGUACGAGUGGCAGAUCAAGAUCGAGAGAGUAACGGCGGUGGUUGUCAGCACCUCGAGACUAGAGCUGCUCAACGCGCUGAAGAGUCGCAAUGUGAUUAUUGUGCCGUGCCUGUUGUAUUCUCUGCAGGUGUGCGCGCAGACUUGUUUCGAGGAUUCCGAAGUGGCUCCGAUAUUAGCCAAAUGUCGAGCAGUCAUUGGAACGAUCAUAGGCCAUCCAGGAGCGUCCGCGACGUUGACCAUGCAGGAACAACUGUCGGAGCAGCUGGAGGAAAAUACAAUGCUGAUAGAUUACCCUUCUGUUUGGAUGUCAACAUACACAAUGCUAGAACAAAUGGUGAUGCGUCGCAACAUAAUUGUAUCUAUCUUGGAUAAUAUGGAAGGUAUAGAUCAGGAAAUAAUCGAGCUCACCAAUGAACAAUGGAAAAUCAUGGAGGAUCUCGUUAAUGUUCUCGAACCAUUCAAAGUUACUAUCAUGACGCUAAGUGAGGAGAAAAUGCCUCUGAUAUCGUUAUUAAAACCAUUGCUUUGGCAACUCGUGUCCGCGCAUCUCAAAGUGAAGGACACGGACAAUGAGGUUGCCAAGUCAUUCAAAGAAUCCUUGUCAAAUAUGUUGUACGAGCGAUACUCGAAUAACGAUGUCUCGCUACUUCUACAAAUCGCAACUACUUUGGAUCCCAGAUUCAAACAAUUGCCGUACGCUACGGAAGAGGAUAAAAAGAUGGUUGCCAACCCCAUAAAGGAGAUGCUCAUGAAAUUGAUUAAUGAAGAAUCCGGAGAAAACAGUUCCGAAAGGGCCCAACAUGAGCUACCGAUUAAAAAAAGCAGAUCAUCAGCAGGUACAAUUGGGAUCUUACUCGGAGCAUACUGCGUUUCACAGACGGGUGGAAUGCCUGCGGAAAAGAAAGCGGAUUUGGAGAUAGUCCAGUAUCACUCGGAAACGACGGCUCCACUUGACUACUGCCCCUUGCAGUGGUGGGCUAAAGUUUCCGCGAAGUGUCCAAAUCUAGGGAAACUAGCGAGCAGAUAUCAUUGUGUGCCCGCUUGCUGUGCACCACCGACACGAAUACCAGCGGAUGUGCAGAUCCUAUACGACAUGAGGCGAGCCGCGAUACCACCCCAUUUAACUGACAAACUACUCUUUUUGCACGGUAAUCAUACGGUGUGAAGAGAAUUUUAUGUUUUCUUAAUGAAAACUGCCCGAUAGAAUAGUGUGUAUCUCUGCUAAAAAUAUUUUCAUAAAGAAUGUAAAGAACUUUCUUUAUAAUUGAAGUUUAAGUAAUUCGCACAAGAGAGAGAGAGACAGUGUGUGGGGGGGGGGGAGAAUUCAUUAUAUAUAGAUAAUAUAAGAACUUUCCCGUUUUCUAAUAUAGGAAUUUUUAUGUUUUCGAUCGCGAAUAUUUCGUUGAUUACAGUUAGAUUCGAUGCCGCUGUAUAAUAUAAUUGUAGGUGAUAAAGCAUGAUGAAUUUCAGAGCAAGAAUUUAAGGUUGUACAUUUGGACUACUUUAAUAAAAGUAUGAUUGUUCCGUUUUAUCACAAA